GCUGUUAGCUGACUUGCUCCGGGCAAAAGAAAUGCAGUGAGCAGGAGGAAGGGGAAGUCAGCGUAGAAGCACGAGAUGCGAAGCUAUAAUCUUCCGUACAAUGAUGCAAGGACUCCACCAUCAUCAACAACAACUUGCAGCGCUUCUUUCCGUUGCUCUCCCAAAGGACGAUUCAACCUCGUCCACCGCCCCUUCUGACGAAGAUGACUCUCGACUCGCUGCCAUUAACUCACUUCACCGUGCAAUUGUAUACCCGCACAACUCGCUCCUUGUCACUCACUCCGCCGCUUUCCUCGCCCAAGGCUUUUCUCAACUGCUGUCUGAUAAAUCUGGUGCUGUGCGUCAGGCAGCAGUCAUAGCUUAUGGUGCUCUUUGCGCUGUCAUCUGUUCGAUUCCUGUUACAUCAAAUGGAAGACAGAACCAUGUCAUACUUGCAAGUUUAGUUGAUAGGUUCAUUGGUUGGGCGUUGCCAUUACUAAGCAAUGUUGGUGCAGUUGAUGGGACUAAGGAAUUGGCAUUGGAUGGCCUGCGAGAGUUUCUUAAUGUUGGGGAUGUUGUUGGAUCCGAGCGGUAUGUUUUGCCAAUUCUCAAAGCAUGCCAACUACUCUUUGAGGAUGAGAGAACCUCCUUGAGUUUAUUACAUCGACUUCUGGGAGUUAUAACAUUGAUCUCGGUGAAAUUCUCAAGAUGCUUUCAACCUCAUUUUCCAGACAUUGUUGACCUCCUUCUUGGAUGGGCAUUAGUGCCAGACCUUGCUGAAUCAGAAAGGCGUGUUAUAAUGGAUAGCUUCUUGCAAUUUCAGAAACACUGGGUUGGUAGCUUGGCUAUGUCACUAAGGUUACUGACAAAGUUCUUGGGUGACAUGGAGGUCUUGCUUCAGGAUGGAACCCCCGGAACCCCACCUCAAUUUCGAAGGCUCCUGGCGUUACUUUCCUGCUUUUCAACAAUUCUACAGUCUACUGCUUCUGGGUUGCUGGAAAUGAAUCUUCUUGAACAAAUAAGUGAACCCCUUAGCACAAUGCUACCUCACUUGUUGAGAUGCUUAUCAGUGGUUGGGCAGAAAUUUGGAUGGUCUGAAUGGAUUGAAGACUUUUGGAAAUGUUUGACCCUAUUAGCAGAAAUAUUAUGUGAACGAUUUUCAAACUUUUAUCCUCUUGCUGUUGAUAUCUUAUUUCAAAGUUUGGACUUGGAUGCUACCCCUCGUCAUGCAGGAUAUAAGAAAAUUACAUCCUUUCAAGUUCAUGGGGUUCUGAGAACUAAUCUUCAAUUAUUAUCAUUGCAAAAGCUUGGCCUUCUCCCAUCAUCUGUACAAAAGAUAUUGCAAUUCGAUGCACCAAUUUCUCAGCUGCGGUUCCAUCCGAAUCAUUUGGUAACAGGAAGUUGUGCUGCUACUUAUAUUUUCCUGCUUCAACAUGGAAAUAAAGAAGUUGUCGAUGAAGCCGUUACCUCAUUGAUUAAAGAGCUGGAGUUGUUGAAGGCUAUGCUAGGAAAAGAUACUGGUCAUACGAAUCAUUGCAAUAGUGUCACAGCUUCAAGAACAUUUUCUAAACCUGAAUUGUUUUCAUUGAUCAAGUUUGAUUUGAAAGUUCUAUUGGCAUGUGUUCCCUCAGGUGUGGAUAGCAAUUUGAUUGGCCAAACGGAAAUUGUUUCCAUGUAUAGUAGGAGGUCAGAAAAGUUGGUGUCUUUUACUAUAGAAAAGCUGAAUCCUUUUGAAAUACCUAUUCAACCUUACUUGGAGUUACAGGUUGCUGUUUUCAAGUUCCUGGAGAGGCUGACUACAGUUGAGCUCUUGAUCAAGUGCUCUGCAAGAGACCAGAAUUGUGGCAAAGAUUUUAUAGAAUUUCCAACUAAAACGGAGAGGAGUGAUGGCCAUGCAGCUUUGAUUACUGGGUAUCUAAUGAAGUAUAGCUUGCUUCUGAUCAAAGGCCUCCAGGGUUCUUCUCCUCUUGCAGUUAAACUGGCAGCCCUACAUUGGGGGCAAAAGUUCUGUGAGAUUGUUAUGGCUAUUAAUGAUAUCUCGAAUGCUAAUGCUUACUCCUAUGAACCAUGCGAACAUGCUAAUGUUGUUAUGAACUUAGUUUACUCACUCUUGGGUGCUACAUUUGACAGAGAAUUGGAAGUGAGAUCGCAUGCUGCAAUAACUUUGGAGAUGUUUCUGCAAGCUAAGCUUUUAUAUUCAUUAUGUUUUUAUCCUCUGGCUGAAGUGAUACUGGAGAAACUUGGUGAUCCAGUUGUUGAAAUACGGGAUGCAUAUGUAAGGCUACUUGCCCAUGUUUUGCCUACUACUGUAUAUGCUUGUGGCCUCUAUGAUUAUGGAAAAUUUAGGCAUGUUAACCUGAGCUUAGGCAAUGCUUCCCACUUGCACUGGAAGCAAGUAUUUGCCCUGAAGCAGCUGCCACUGCAAUUGCACUCACAACAACUUGUCUCCAUCUUAAGUUACAUUUCACAAAGAUGGAAGGUGCCUCUUUCUUCCUGGAUUCAGAGGCUUAUUCACAGCUGCAGGAGUUCAAGAGAUUCUAUUUUCAGUCAGACUGAAGAUACUGGGACUGUUGAUGCUAGUGCUAUAUGGUUGGAUGUAAAAGUGGAUGAAGACAUUCUUGAAAGAAUAUGUUCUGUCAAUUCAUUAGCUGGUGCCUGGUGGGCCGUACAAGAAGCAGCAAGGUAUUGUAUUUCUACACGUCUUAGGACCAAUCUCGGUGGACCUGCUCAAACAUUUGCUGCCCUAGAGCGCAUGCUUUUGGAUGUGGCACACCUUCUACAACUCGAUAAUGAGCAAAAUGACGGAAAUUUAAGUAUGAUAGGAUCUUCUGGUGCUCAUCUAUUGCCAAUGAGAUUAUUGUUGGAUUUUGUUGAGGCUCUAAAGAAAAAUGUAUACAAUGCAUAUGAGGGUUCUGUCAUUUUACCAUCAGCUACCCGCCAGAGUUCUUUGUUCUUUCGGGCUAACAAAAAAGUUUGUGAAGAGUGGUUUUCCCGUAUAUGUGAACCAAUGAUGAAUGCUGGAUUGGCUCUGCAUUGCAAUGAUGCUAUUAUUCAAUACUGCACACUACGUUUGCAGGAGCUAAAAAAUCUUUCCAUGUCAGCUUUGAAGGAAAAAUCAAGGGCUCAGGUGGCUGAGAACUUCCAAAAUAGUAGAGGAAGGUAUAGAGGAGAUGUCUUAAAAGUUUUAAGGCACAUGUCACUAGCUCUUUGUAGAAGUUUUGAACCAGAGUCCUUGAUUGGUGUGCAAAAUUGGGUUUCAAUAGCAUUCUCUUCCUUAUUUGGGGAUGACAGCCAAUCCUUCAAUGACUCUGCCACAGCCAGGCCUCUGUCAUGGAUAACUGGGCUUGUAUAUCAGGCAAGAGGCCAAUAUGAAAGUGCUGCUGCUCAUUUCACUCACUUGUUACAAACAGAGGAAUCACUUUGUUCUCUUGGUUCGGAUGGUGUACAAUUUGUCAUUGCACGGAUCAUUGAGAGUUAUACUGCUGUAUCAGAUUGGAAAUCUCUUGAGAGCUGGCUAUUAGAGCUGCAACUGCUUCGUUCUAAGCAUGCUGGGAAAAGCUAUUCUGGUGCUUUGACUAUGGCUGGAAAUGAAAUUAAUGCAAUCCAUGCAUUGGCACGCUUUGAUGAGGGUGAUUAUCAGUCUGCAUGGUCUUGCCUUGAUUUGACACCGAAAAGUAGCAGUGAACUCACCCUUGAUCCAAAAAUAGCAUUGCAACGGAGUGAGCAGAUGCUUUUGCAAUCACUGCUUUUCCAGAAGGAGGGGAAGAGUGAUAAAGUGAUUCUUGAUUUGCAGAAGGCUAGAUCAAUGUUGGAGGAGCCUCUAUCUAUUCUGCCACUUGAUGGGUUGGCUGAAGCAACACCUCUUGCUAUUCAGUUGCAUUGCAUUUGCUUAUUAGAAGACGAUUGCAAGCUUAAAUCAACCCAUGAGAAGGCCAAACAAGCUCAGUCAAUAUUAAAUUCCUAUAUUAAGCUGGUUCCAUCUUCUAUUAGCACGAUCCGUCAAGAUUGUAGUCCAUGGUUGAAGGUUCUUCGAGUAUACCAAACAAUGUUCUCAACUUCUCCAGUUUCUUUGAAGCUCUGCAUGAAUUUGCUUAAUUUAGCCCGUAAACAAAGAAAUCUAUUGUUGGCAAACCGUUUGAAAAACCAUCUCAAUGAUUGCAUAUCUACUUGCCCUGAAGAGAGGCUUCGUGAUCUUCUCUCUUUAAAUUUACAGUAUGAGGGCAUUCUACUGCUGUAUGCGGAAAACAAGUUUGAAGAUGCUUUCACAAACCUCUGGUCAUUGUUGCGUCCUUGUAUGGGAUCUUCAGAAUAUAAAAUACUUGAUGUUGAUGAGAAAAUUCUGAGGGCCAAAGCAUGCUUGAAACUUGCAAAGUGGCUGAGACAAAAUUAUUCUGAUUGGAGUCCUAAUAAUAUGGUUAUUAACAUGCCUGCAGAUUUUGAAAGUACUGAAAUCUCUUCAGUUGAUAAUGAUGGCAAUGAUAAGAAUAUAAGAUUUAAGCAAAGUGUGGGUCAGGUUGCUGAGGAAAUUGUUGGCACAGCAACGAAGUUGUCCACUCGUAUUUGCCCUGCCAUGGGUAAGUCAUGGAUUUCUUAUGCCUCUUGGUGUUUCACUCAAGCCAGGGACUCCCUACAUAAUAAUAAUGAAGCCACCCUUCGUUCAUGCUCCUUUCCGAUACUUAUUCCGGAAGUUUCAACUGAGAGAUUCAAGUUGAGUAAGGAUGAGGUGCAACAAAUUAAAUCAUUGAUUUUGCAUCUUUUGCAGGACAAGGGUGAUGUGAAAUGUUUCAAAGAUGAACAAUAUUGGAAAUUGUGGCUUGAUUCUGAGGAGCAGUCAAAUAGUGACAACCCUCUAACGAUUUUAGUGCUGCAGUUAGUGAAUAUUAUUGAAACAGCGGCUGGGGCACCAGGUGCAGAAAACUGUGGUGGUGAAAGUCUUUCAUCCAUGCUGUCUUCUCGGUUAAAAAUUUGUUUGCUAAAUGCAAAUCUUGGGCUGGGAGAAUCUGAUGUAAUAUCUACUUUGGACGGCUUAGUCAAUAUUUGGUGGUCUUUGAGGAGGAGAAGAGUGUCCCUGUUUGGGCAUGCAGCUUAUGGUUACAUACAAUAUCUUUCUUACUCAUCUACCCAGCUUUGCCAGAACGAGAUGCCUGUUUCAGAUGAUGAAUCUUCAAGGCAAAAGACUGGAAGUUAUACUCUGAGGGCCACAUUGUAUAUAUUGCAUAUACUCCUCAAUUAUGGUGUGGAGUUGAAAGACACACUUGAAUCUGCACUUAUGGUUGUUCCUUUGUUACCAUGGCAGGAAGUUACCCCUCAAUUAUUUGCUCGUAUAAGUUCUCAUCAUGAACAAGUGAUCCGGAAGCAUCUGGAGGGCUUACUGAUCAUGCUGGCUAAGCAGUCUCCCUGUUCUAUAGUAUACCCAGCACUAGUUGAUGUCAGUGCUUAUGAAGAGAAGCCUUCAGAAGAGCUACAUCAUGUUCUGAGUUGUCUGAGGGAACUUUACCCUAGGUUGGUUCAGGAUGUUCAGCUGAUGAUAAAUGAACUCAGCAAUGUUACUGUUCUCUGGGAAGAAUUGUGGCUCAGUACUCUUCAGGAUCUACACACAGAUGUAAUGAGGCGCGUAAAUGUGCUGAAGGAGGAAGCAGCAAGGAUUGCAGAAAACAUCAGUCUUAGUCAGAAUGAGAAGAACAAGAUAAAUUCUGCUCGAUAUUCUGCAAUGAUGGCUCCAAUUGUUGUGGCUUUGGAACGCCGUUUAGCUUCAACUGCUCGAAAACCUGAGACUCCUCAUGAAGCUUGGUUCCAGGAAGAGUAUCAAGAACAGUUAAAAUCAGCAAUUUUAACAUUUAAAACUCCCCCCAUGUCUGCUGCAGGUCUGGGAGAUGUUUGGCGACCUUUUGAUGGUAUUGCUGCAUCCUUGGCUUCUUAUCAGAGGAAGUCUACAAUUUCUUUACAAGAAGUUGCACCACAUCUGGCUCAGUUAUCUUCUUCAGAUGUCCCAAUGCCAGGUCUUGAGAAACAACUCAAAAUACCUGAAUCUGACAAAACUACUGAUCUUCAGGGUGUUAAAAUUGCUUCUUUCCAUGAACAAGUGACUAUCUUAUCAACAAAGACUAAGCCUAAAAAACUUGUUAUAUUGGGCUCUGAUGGUCAGAUGUACACAUAUCUCCUUAAAGGGCGAGAAGAUCUACGCCUUGAUGCUAGAAUAAUGCAAUUGCUACGGGCUAUAAAUGGUUUUCUGCAUUCUUCUUCUACCCAGGGCAACUCACUUGGCAUUCGCUAUUAUUCUGUGACUCCAAUAAGUGGCCGGGCAGGGCUUAUCCAAUGGGUGGAUAACGUAAUAAGUAUAUACAGUGUGUUUAAAUCUUGGCAAAGCCGUGUCCAGCUAGCACAGCUCACAACAGCUGGUGCUGGGAAUACAAAACCGUCUGCUCCUCCACCUGUUCCUCGGCCCAGUGAUAUGUUCUAUGGUAAGAUCAUACCAGCACUUAAAGAGAAAGGCAUUAAAAGAGUAAUUUCUCGAAGGGAUUGGCCUCAUGAAGUUAAACGUAAGGUUCUACUUGAUCUCAUAAAGGAAGUGCCACGGCAUCUUCUGCACCAAGAGUUAUGGUGUGCUAGCGAAGGAUAUAAAGCCUUCAGCUCAAAAAUGAAGAGGUAUUCUGGAAGUGUAGCAGCAAUGAGUAUAGUUGGACAUAUUCUGGGUCUGGGUGACAGACAUUUAGAUAAUAUUCUUAUAGAUUUUGGUAGUGGGAGUAUUGUACACAUUGAUUAUAACGUUUGUUUCGAUAAAGGACAAAGAUUAAAAGUUCCAGAGAUUGUUCCUUUCCGUCUCACACAGAUGAUUGAAGCAGCUUUAGGGCUGACUGGAAUAGAGGGUAGCUUCAGAGCAAACUGUGAGACAGUUAUUGGCAUUUUAAGGAAGAACAAAGACAUUCUUUUGAUGUUACUGGAAGUCUUUGUCUGGGAUCCCCUUGUAGAGUGGACACGGGGUGAUUUUCAUGAUGAAGCUGCUAUUGGUGGUGAAGAGAGAAAAGGCAUGGAAUUAGCUGUUAGCUUGAGUCUAUUUGCGUCCCGAGUGCAGGAAAUUCGUGUUCCCUUACAGGAACACCAUGAUCAAUUAUUGACUAGCCUGCCGGCUGUUGAAUCUGCACUUGAGAGGUUUACCAAUGUUCUAAAUCAAUAUGAGCUUGCCUCUACUUUAUUUCAUCGGGCUGAUCAAGAGAGAUCUAACCUUACUCUGCAUGAGACAUCUGCAAAAUCAAUUGUUGCUGAAGCAACCAGUAAAUCUGAGAAAAUCCGAGCUUCAUUUGAAAUACAGGCCCGAGAAUUUGCCCAGGCAAAGGCUUUGGUUACAGAGAAAGCUCAUGAGGCAACAACUUGGGUUGAGCAACAUGGAAGGAUUCUUGAUGCUCUACAAUGCAAUAUAAUCCCAGAAGUCAAUGCGUCUUAUAAACUGAAUAACAUGGAAGAAGCUUUGUCUCUUACAGCUGCAGUCACUGUAGCUGGUGUCCCUCUAACUGUUGUUCCCGAGCCAACACAGGCACAAUGCAAUGAUAUAGAUAGGGAAGUUUCUCAACUUGUGUCUGAGCUAGAUGAUGGGCUUGCUUCUGCCAUAACCGCACUGCAAGCAUAUUCCGUGGCUCUGCAAAGAAUCUUACCCUUAAAUUACCUUACAACCAGUGCAGUUCAUGGGUGGGCUCAAAUUCUGCAACUAUCAAUCAAUGCCCUGUCCUCUGAAAUUCUUUCUCUAGCCAGGAGGCAGGCAUCUGAUCUUGUGGUGAAAUUCGGUGGAGAUAGCAUCGAUUCUAUCAAAUUCAGACAUGAUGAUCUGUGUCUUAAAGUGGAUAAAUAUGCAGUAGAAAUAGAAAAAUUGGAAGAAGAGCGUGCAGAACUAGAGAAUUCUAUAGGCUUAGAUUCAGAAUCAAAAGCUAAAGAUCGAAUUUUGUCAGCCUUCAUGAAAUUUUUGCAGUCCAGUGGUUUAUUAAGGAAGGAAGAUGGUACAUCAUCAGCCCAAUCUAGACAUGAUGGAACAAACAACGCUAGACUGCCAGGUGACCUGGAAGAGAAGAAAGAAAAAGCAUUAUCAAUUCUUAACAUUUCUGUGAGCUGGCUUUAUAAUGAGGUUAAUAAUAGAGUACUUCACUUAUAUAACGAACACAAUGUAUUGCUAAAUGAUUCUGGAGCUUUUUUCACUGAGUUUGAAGAGCAAGUAGAAAGAUGUAAUCUUGUGACAGAGUUUGUGAGUGAUCUAUGGAAAAUAAUUGGGAAGGACAUGCCUACUGUGGAGCUCAACAAGGACAAAUCUAAAUUCCCUUCAGAAAGCAAUUGGGUUUCUAUUUUCAAAACCAUUUUGUCUUCCUGUAAUGGCUUGAUCAGUCAAAUGACUGAAAUUGUUCUACCCAAUGUAAUACGGUCUGCUGUUUCAUUACAUUCAGAAGUUAUGGAUGCAUUUGGGUUAAUCUCACAAGUUCGAGGGUCCAUAGAUACUGCACUGGAGCAGCUUGUGGAGGUUGAAAUGGAGAGAUUGUCAUUGGUUGAACUUGAGCAGAACUAUUUUGUUAAGGUUGGUCUUAUUACUGAGCAACAGCUUGCUCUUGAAGAAGCUGCAGUCAAGGGCAGAGAUCAUCUUUCUUGGGAAGAGGCAGAGGAACUUGCCUCCCGAGAAUCUUGUAGAGCGCAGCUUGAUCAACUCCAUCAAACAUGGAAUCAGAGAGAUCUGAGGACUUCUUCGCUUAUAAAGAGGGAAGCUGAUAUUAAAAAUGCUCUGGUGUCUGUGGAGAGUCGUUUCCAGUCAUUGGUGUUUCCUGAAGAACAAAGAGAGCCACAUAUUUUAAGAAGAGAAGCACUGUUGGCCGCACUUGUGAAGCCCUUCUUGCAAUUGGAAUCCAGUGAUAAUACACUGUAUUCAGCUGAUGGUUCUGCAAUCACCUCGAGUGAACUUCAUGCUCUUGCAGAUGUGAUAAAUUCUGGGAAUCCAAUAUCUGAGUAUGUCUGGAAAGUCAGUGGUUUGUUAGGUGGUCAUUCAUUCUUUAUUUGGAAAAUAGGUGUCAUAGAUUCUUUCCUCGAUGCAUGUAUACGUGAUGUUGCUUCAUCUGUUGAGCAAAACCUAGGCUUUGACCAGUCACUUAAUUUUCUGAAGAAAAAGCUUGAAAUCCAGGUACAGAAACAUGUCAAUCAGUACUUAAAGGAAAGAGUUGCUCCUAGCUUUCUGGCUUGUUUAGAUAAAGAAAUCGAGAACCUGAAGCAAUUAACAGAGGCAACAAAGGAAACUGUUUUAGAUGAGUUGAGAAGAGAUGGAGCUGCAAAAAGAGUUUUACUUAUGCUUGAAGAAUACUGCAAUGCUCAUGAAACUGCCAGAGCAGCGAAGUCAGCGGCUUCCCUCAUGGAAAGACAAGUAAAUGAGUUAAAAGAUUCUCUUCGGAAAACAACCCUUGAGAUUGUUCAGAUGGAAUGGAUGCAUGAUGUGAGCAUGAGUCAAUCAUAUAACAGAAGAGCCAGAUUUGAAAGGCAUAUUGAUAGCAAUGACAGCUUAAAUACAAUUAUUUUAAACCUCAGCAGACCUAAAUUAUUGGAAUGCAUACAAUCUUCUGUGUCAAAAAUCACUAGGUCAAUGGAUGGCCUUCAAUCAUGUGAGCGAAAUUCUCUUGUAGCUGAAGGACAACUUGAGAGAGCUAUGGGUUGGGCUUGUGCAGGUCCAAAUACUGGCACUUCUGGAAACUCUUCAAACAAAAGUUUAGGAAUUCCUCCUGAAUUCCAUGAGCAUAUUAAAAUGCGGAGGCAGAUAUUAUGGGAAUUUAAAGAAAAGGCAUCUGACAUUGCAAAAUUUUGUGUGUCGGUGUUAGAAUUUGAAGCGUCAAGAGAUGGAUGUUUGCUUAUCCCUAGCCAGCCUUAUCCUUUCAGGACUAGCAUUGAUGGCAAGACAUGGCAGCAAGCAUACUUGAAUGCACUAACAAGAUUUGAUGUCACUUACCACUCUUAUACACGUACUGAACAAGAAUGGAAGCUUGCACAAAGCACUGUUGAAGCUGCUUCCAGCGGAUUAUACGCAGCAUCUAAUGAACUAUGUAUUGCUUCGCUGAAAGCAAAGUCAGCUUCUGGUGAUCUACAAAGCACUGUUCUUUUAAUGAGGGAUUGUGCUUAUGAGGCUAGUGUUGCGCUGACUUCUUUUUCUCGGAUUUCAAGGAUCCAUACAGCUUUGACCUCGGAGUGCGGUUCUAUGCUUGAAGAGGUUUUAGCUAUAACUGAAGAUAUACAUGAUGUUUACAAUCUCGGAAAGGAGGCUGCUGCUAUUCACCUUUCCCUUAUGGAAGACCUAUCAAAGGCGAAUGCUAUCCUUCUUCCCCUUGAAUCGGUGCUCUCUAAGGAUGUAGCUGCUAUGACUGAUGCUAUUGCCAGAGAAAGAGAGACCAAGAAGGAAAUAUCACAUAUUCAUGGACAAGCUAUAUACCAGUCUUAUUGUUUAAGAAUCAGAGAGGCAUAUCAGACCUUUAAGCCCUUGGUACCAUCUCUGACAUCAGCUGUUAAGGGACUCUGUUCCAUGUUGACUAGGCUAGGAAGAACAGCAAGUCUCCAUGCUGGAACUCUUCAUAAAGCUCUUGAAGGAAUAGGAGAAAGCCAGGAAGCAGAAUCACAGGAUAUUGCUCUCCCAAGAUCAGAUCCUGCCGGUGGUGAUGCUGCUGAGUUUGAUAGCAAGGAAGGGGAGAAUCUCUCCCAGUCUGAUGGUGGUGGUAAUGAAGAUGUCAUUGGAUUUUCUCAGCUGUCUUUGGAAGAUAAAGGAUGGAUAUCUCCACCUGAUAGCAUUUACUGUAGCAGCUCCGGAUCUGGCAUUACAUCAACUGAAGCUAGUUUCCCAGAUAGCUUGAAUGAUUCAACAGAAAUUAAGGAACUGCUUUCUCAGAACUCUAAUGGUAGAAAUCCCUCUGAUCAUGUAUAUUCUGGUCCAAUUUCUCACACUGAUGGUGAAGAAAUCUCAUCUUCUAAGCUUUUAGAAUUCAAAUCCAUGGAGCCUAAUGCCAAUGAAGAAAUCUCAAAUUCUGCUUCAAUUUCUCACGCUGAUGGUUCUGCCUUGCUAUUUGAUAAAUCUCUGACCACCCCUAGUAAUACCCUGAAUACUCUAAAUGAGAGCGUCCAGAAGUCUGAGGGUGGAGCUGAGCCAGUUUCCUCAAAUAAAGAUAAGAAUGAUACUGAACAUCAUGAAGCUCUGGAGCCUAACUCAAGUGCCAAGAGUCGAGUGGGAAGAGGUAAAAAUGCAUACGCAUUGUCAGUGUUGAAGCGAGUGGAGAUGAAAAUAGAUGGUCGAGAUAUUUCUGAAAACAGAGAAAUUAGUAUCGCGGAGCAAGUAGAUUAUCUACUGAAGCAAGCUACUAGUGUGGAUAAUCUUUGCAACAUGUAUGAAGGCUGGACACCAUGGAUUUGAGCGCCCUGUGACUUGAGCAUCUUGAACUUAAGCACCGUCCCCAUAUCAUGCAAAGAGUGACCUUAGGCUUUGUUGGGUUUGUUCAUGGCGGGGAAUAGAUCCUUCGGUCUGAUAUUUUGCAUGUGGUAAUGAACCCACAAAAGCCCCGUCUUACCAGCCCUCAUUGGCCUGGCCAUAUCCAGUAGUAGCCUGCCGCCAACGAUCACUGUCGGUGCUUAUCCUCAGCCUAACUGACAUGCUGCUGAAAAAUUCAAGGCUUGAGGCUGAAUUAAUGGGAGAUGAAAAGGGAUUGGCAUGCCCUCACCGGUUCAAGCUGUGCGCUGCUGAUUUGUCCGCCCAUUCCUUGCGUCGGUGUCAAUUUGAAGGGUAAUGUUUUGAAUAUUGCGUUCAACGGGAAGGGUUGAGUUCUCAUUGACCUGCGUGUUGUCCAAGGCACAUUUUCUUGCUGGAUCAAUAAUACCUCGUGAAAAUCUACGGUUGAGCAGCGGAUCCAUUCAUCAGGAGAGGCUACAGAAUCAGCUGCACAUUUCUGGUUUAUAGAUUUCUUCUAUUAGACGUCAUCGAUCUCACUCAAGACAGGAUUUGGCAGUUAAUAUUCCUUUGAGAAAUGCAAUCUCAGAAUACCCUUCAAUGUAUGCUACAAAAUUCUCGUCCCACCCUGUCUAUAUGAAACUACGUAUGUAUAUGUGCACGUGACAUGUUUGGUUAUCCUCGGGAUUUUUUAUAAAUAAAAGGGCCUGUUCUGUAUCAGCA